CUUACCCUUCCUAUCCUUUUCUAAGUAUGACCUCUUCUUUCAGCUUAUUUUACAGGGAGUGUGGGAGUAUUUGAUUAUGGUUACGCAGAAAGGUUUUGCUUAAUAUUGACCUAUUACCAUCAUAACUACUUUUGAUUUUUAAAAUUUGUGUCCAUGUAUUGAACUUUUAACACACUUCUGUGUCAAGAUAUGAGAAGGAAACAAGUGUCCAUAUUAUGUCUAAGGUUUACAUCAACUUAAACUUGCAAUUCCAAGUCAGUUUUCUAAGAGAGAUGGACAUCCUUCUACAGAGAGAGCAGUUCAGCUAUCCGUGGAGUUCAGUUGGGACAACUGGAACAAGUAGCUAUGCCACUGGAGCAUCUGAGAAGCAUCGCUGUCCAUACUGUUCCUACGCCACGAUUGCAAGAACAAAUCUUGUUAACCAUAUGCGGACACACACUGGUGAAAAGCCAUUUGCAUGUACACUUUGCCCAUACCGUUCAACGCAGAAGGGUAACCUUAGAACUCACAUGAAGAACCGUCAUGAAGAUGUUAUGUUCACUGUAGCAUUGUUUGAUGGUGCAUCUAUACAUAGAUGGCUCCAAAAGUGCACAGCCACCAAGGAAAUCAGAUUAUGCAGUCUGCUUAUAGACUGGAUCUGUAACACACAGUGGGAACAUAACGUAAACCAAGAAAAUGUGUCUCACAUGAGAUAUUGGCUCAUUGGUGAGAUGCCCAUCAUUGUUUGGUUCACCAUGACUAAAGGAACAACGGCUCAGAAAGGACACAAUAUCCAUGCUCAGGAUCCUAUUCUGUCCUGCCAUGACCAGCAGCACAGAAAGAGAGAUCAUAACAUUGCAGUUAAAAGGCAAGUCAUGACAUUGCAUAUGAGUCAUCAUGUGCACCCGGCCUGCAAGCCACACACCUGUGAGAGUUGCUACUCAAGCAAGCCUAAUACCGAAUUUUGGGCCACAUGCAAGCUGUGGGGCUGGAGAGUGACUGUCAGUGGACUGGAGAAAGAGGAGCUGCAGUGUCCAGGAAGGUCCACACCACUUCGGGCAAGAUUCAUCAAUGUUCCUACUGUCCCUACAGGAAAUGCAUUGCAAACAAGUAAUGAAAUAACCAAAAUACCUCUGUGUGAUCAUCCAAAUGGCCAUUUGAGCAUUGUGAGCAUACUUUGGCCAAAGCAGCUACAACCAAAAUUUCUAUAUGUGAUGGCUUGGCAUAACAAUGUUGAUACUGUAGUGUUAUGGGAGGCAGUAUCUGUGUGGCUAAAGAGCAAUGUAGCAGAAAUGAUUGUAGAACACAGGCAGGUACAGUCCAUGGUCAAGGGAUGGUUUUGGUUCCAUUGCCUGAAACUUUGUGUAGACCCAGAAAGAGAGAGUCAUUGGAGUGGCUGGAGUGGAUCUAUAGAAGAAGUGACCAGUCACAACUCUGGCAGCAAGACAUAUCACUGCCCCCUGUGCCCCUACAGAACCCAUAUUGUAACAAAUUUCAAAAAGCAUAUGCGCAUACACACAGGAGAAAAACCUUUUUCAUGUCCAUAUUGCCCAUUCAGAACUAAACAGAAAGAAACUGUUAAAGCACACAUUCGAAGGCACACUGGGGAAAAGCCUUUCAGUUGCCCUCACUGUCCCUAUUUAUCCUCUCAGAAAGGAAAUUUGCAGAGGCAUAGGAUGUGGUUGCAAAAUAUUACAAAACCCAUCAGAAGAAAAAUUGAUGAACCUAAUUUAAACUGGCUUUUGCAUAUUCAUAUAGUUGAUUGUGGACAACUGAAAUGCAUUAAAUGCUGUAUCAGUAUUGGGCUAUCUUCAGCAUUAAACAAAAAUACCAGAUUGGAAGGCUUUCAUUUUAGGAGAUUUCUAUUGAUACUGAAGUCUGUCUUCUCCCUUAGAAAUAUUGGAUUGUCAAGACUUGGAAUUUGUUGCAAACGCCGACACAGAGAUAUUGUAGCAAAGGAUGAAUUUGCUGGGCAUCCUCAACAGGUAGGGGCGGACUGUAGCAGUGAGAUGAUGAUGUGGAGAGGAGCCCCAAGUGCUGGCAAAGGCCUCGUUUCCGGCGGCAAGAUUCACCAGUGUCCCUCUUGUCCUUACAGCACCAAUAUUACAACAAAUUUGAAGAAACAUAUACGUACUCAUACAGGGGAGAGACCAUUUCCAUGCCCGUAUUGUCCUUUCCGGGCAAUUCAGGAAGAAAACCUGAAAGUUCAUAUCCGCACACACACAGGAGAAAAACCAUAUGCAUGCCCCCACUGUCCAUUUCAUGCAAGCAAGAAAGCUAAUUUAAAAAGGCAUAUAAAUACUCACACCGGAGUUAAGACACUUAAUUGUAAAUAUUGUCCUUAUAGGUGUUUGGAUAUAAAUAUGCUGAAUGAACAUUUGAAAACCCAUAUGUAG